AUGGAAUCCGAAAUCAAAUGCCCAUCUUGUGGCAUUAAAUUUACACAAAAAAAAAGUUUGUAUUGUCAUGUGCGAAAAUUCCAUGAUGAAAAACUUGUGUCGGAUCUUCUACCCGCUAAAGACUGUUUUUGUCAAUUUUGUGACAAGAAAUUCUUGAAUAAGAAGUCAUUAGAUACUCACAUCACGAAGUAUCAUCCAGGCAGUGAAAAUCCUAACAAAUUAAAAACCACCAGGAUAAUAUGCACAUACGAAGCGUGUAGAAAAGAAUUAUUUACGUUCCCAAAUCUGAGACAUCAUUUGUUAGAAGAACAUAAAGUGAAAGUAGAGUCCGAAAUCAUUGAAUUUUGUGGCAUUGCAGAAUUUGAAUCAUGGAAACUCAAUGAGGAACAAGCAACAUUCUCAAAGUUUGUCGCAGAUAGAGCCAUGGCCAGAAUAAAUGAUUCAAAGUCAAAACAAUUUUAUUAUUGCCAUCGAUCAUAUAGUUAUCGAAAGAAAGGGUCCGAUAUAAGGGAAAUCAAAUCAAUGGGGACAAAUAAAAUUGGUGGAGUUUGUCCAUCCAUGCUCGAGGUGACAAUUCUUAAAUAUGAUAGAACAGAAAAAGUUCAGGUUAAUUAUUGGAAGACACAUUGCGGACAUCAACAGGAAAUCGGACGAAUCGGAUUAGAUCAAGAAUCAAAAAUAAAGAUUGCAGUUAUUAUAAUUGAUCUUAAAAUAUAA